CUAUAUCUAAAUAUAUAAAUAGACAUAUAUAUUUAUAUAUCUAAUAUACAUAUAAUGGCCGACGAAAGUGAACCAGAGCGAGGAGUGCCCCUACCUCUCCGGUUGGGAGAAACGUUCUAUCAAGAUGCUCCCACGUUCUAUAAUAUAGCAUUUGACUUCAAGCCCGGGAAGAUAGACCUGGAACAGGCCGGCUCGAUAAACAUCGACGGCGCAUCGGUGAACGUAGGGUUCCAGACAAAUAACGACAACCCCGAUGAUUUCGUCUACUACCAAGGAGCUAAGAGUGACACCGGCGGCAAAGAUGCGAUCAUCGUCUACGAUCCCGAGACCCAAGAAUACACGCUGCAACUGGUGCACACUCAUGUGCGGUUAAAGCAAAUACGCGACACGACGGAGAUGUCAUUCCCGGAUGUCUCGAAUAAAACCAACCUGCACGAUCUUCAAGCCAUGAAGGCAGAAGGCUACCACGACGGACCGCGCGCGAGGCUCACCAGCAUUGGCAGUGGCUUGUUCAGUGACGACGAAGCCAAAUACAGAGACAGCCCAAGUGGCCAGGAUGUGCAGGUGCACGACUUGGAAGACAUGGACGAGAUGGAUGACGCACACCAGGAAUCAUAUCAGGAGCCAACGAGAAUGGAUACAAUGGAUAUGGACAAUAAAGGAGGAGUGGAUCCGUACCUCUCUACCCAGGAUCAGGACAGCUACACGGACGAGGAAGAGCCCGAUGCCGUGUCACAGAAUGUUGACGACAGCAUUGGUGCAAAUACCAGGGAUGCAUUGGUCAUGAUCACUGCUUUUGUGCCAUUGUGCGUCACGCCACACCCAUUGUCCACACUAUCACACGCAUGCCGAGCGUUACAAGUCCGGCAGGGUAUGCUUACCAUGGUUACUGUGAACGCUUUGUCUGAGUAUUUUCGCUUUAAGGACAGGAGGAGGAGCAGUGAAGGGUUGGAUGUGAGUAGCAGUUCGGGAUCAUCCUCGGGCAGUGACUCUGAAGGCGAGCAUCUGAGUCGGAAGGCCAGUAUGACAAGUGUCAACAGUGUCAAAAGUGUACAAAUUGUCACGUCGUUCCGCGAGAUGGCAGACGCCCAGCAGCAGGACGGGAGCGGGGACGGUGCUGCGAGUGCUAAAAAUAGCCCAGUCCAUGCACCCGAAAGUUCGACUGCGGCAAUCACACACCAGGACUCGGUCGCAAGCAAUUCCGCGGGCGCCACAGACGCAGAAGAGAUCGGGCGGCGGCGUUCGUCUACGGGUCUGAAUAUGAACAUGGCUGAUCUCGACGACGGACUGGACUUGAGCGAAUCUGACAGUGAUUAG